AUGGGGCGCCAUCCCGAUCCCCCAGAUGGAAGCGUUUUACCAACCUCCAGCCACACCCUUCCCCCGUACCUGAAUACCGGCGACACAAUAGAUAAGCAGACGCUACUAAUGAAAGCAACCAACGACAUAGGAGAACAGUGCUUGCCGAGCAACCCAUUUAUAAUUCACCAAUCGGUUGAAGCGGUGCUUGGAACCGACCCGACAAAGGUUAUCACGGCAUCUAAAGAAGCCGGUGGCACGCGAAAUGUUCUACGUACAACCUCUAAAAAAGUGUACAAUGCGUUGAUUGCCAUGAAAACACUCAUCAACGGACAAGCCAUUGAGGUUAUACCUCACCCGACUCUUAAUAUAGUACAGGGAAUUAUUUUUUAUAUCGACACCAAAAAUUUAAGUAGUGAAGAAUUGGUUAGAAAAUUGAACAGCCAAAAUGUUGUUGCAGUACGGAGAAUAACCAACACGGUGGACGGUAAUCAAAGAAACACACCUCUAGCUAUUCUAUCAUUCUUAGGCUCCUAUUUGCCGGAACACAUUUAUAUAGGUCUGAUAAGAACCGCUGUUCGACAGUAUUACCCAUACCCCCUCUUAUGCUACAACUGUGGUAAAUUUGGGCACGGUAGCCGCUCCUGCUCCCAGCCACCAGCCUGCCUAAACUGUAGCGGCACUCACACAUCAAACAAAGAAAACCCCUGUAACGCACCCAGCAAAUGUGGGAAUUGUAGUGGCAAUCACCCAACACGUUACCGCAAAUGCCCAGCUUAUAUGAAAGAAGAAGAAAUAAUCAAACUGAAAGUCACCAAGAAUAUAUCUUUUUCGGAAGCAAGAGCCUUUUUCAAAAAUAACACGAGCGAGCCUAGCUAUGCUGAUACCGUCAAAAAUCGCCUCGACUCGAAUAGAGAUGAAAAAGAUCGCACAAUAAACCUCCUACGAGAAGAAAUCACCAAACUCCGCGAAUACCAAAAAGCUGAUAAAGAAAAGGACACCCUGAUACAACAACUGAAGACGCAACUUGCUGAAGCAAAAUCACAACACCUCGAAGUACUCAGUGAAAUGAUAGCGCUACGCAAAGCCUUCACUUCCCUAUCGAAACAAAACAUACAUACCGACACCCUCAAGAAAAACACACGGAUUGAUUCAGUACCACUAACCAACAAACAACCAACUGAAGUGAGCCCAAAAAACAACACGCAGAUAGCAUCUAACCAAGCAACAAUCGAAAGCAUGCAACACCAAACUCGCAAUAGUAAAAAAAAAAAUAAGCAACCUGGCAGCAGAACCGACCGUCCAGACAAUCGCGCAGUAAAACAAGAUCUGUUAUGA